AUGUCCAACAACAAUAUAUCUUCCACGGGGGAGGGGGAGGGCGCGUCACCUUCCAGAUCGCGCUCACGAUCUCUGUCACCACACAACUCCUUAACCGAUAAACACUCCACCUCUCUCCCAUGGAUUCUCCAUCACAUUCUUGAACGAGAAUUAUCGAAUGAACUACCUCUGCGAAUCAUGUUUUCGUUCAAUGCUGGUCAACAACUCCCCACACUCAAGCAGGCACAGCAAUGGUGGCAGUAUGAACCCAAAGGAAAACUCAUCAUCGAAUUCCUUUCAUCACUGCCCCAGAUCGAUCAGUCCUCUGAGCAAACUGAGUCUGAAAACAAACGGAUCCAAAACUCAGAUUCAGAACAGGUAGACGAUGGCGCUACAGAUAUUUGUGAAGUUGACAGAUUUAUGAAUUUCAAUCAUGACCUCCUGUUUGACAUCAGCUCUGAAGAUCAUCCAUCGGCGGACCGGCGACAGACGCAUGGAUUCCCACCCCACUUCGUCCGGGAUAUCUGCCUACAGAAGGUGUUUUUGAAGGAGUAUAAAGAAGUGGACUUCGGUCAAGCCCUGACGUGUCUGGACUACCUUAGAGAUCUCGAACUCUCGAGACGAACUGCUUUAAGAGAGGUAGCCGAGCGCCUUAAUAUCAAGGAGGAUAGCUGGAGAUCGGUCUUGCAAGAGGAGCCUGAGGCUUACGCCUGGGUAUCGAGUGUCCAACUCCAGGAACUGGAAAUUGAGAAGUAUUAUGCAGCGAUCUUCGUCGAUCUUCGAAUAUGGACUAUGGUUCAUGAGCUGCAAUAUGAGCCGUUUUACAAGCCGAAUGUCUUAGCGAUGCUAAACACUCUUUUCCCACCUAGCCUAAAGGACAUGCCGAAUGAUCGCGUAGAUAUCAAGACGUUAAAUAAAUACCGAAGCACCUUCUACGGCCAUAUUCUCGCCGUAGAAGCACAGGGCUCAGCCAUUGUCAAAGACUUUAUCGACAAACUGCUGAGUCCCGAUACCAAGCACAGCUGGCCGGAAACAAGAAAUAACUUGGUAGCCUAUAUAGAGUUAGCGGAGAAGAUGAUCACACAAGCGAAGGAAAUCAGUGGCAUGGAGUUCUUCAAGAGAAAUUCACUCCGCAACUCGAAAUCUAGCAGCGACGCGCCCUCACCUUUUAGCGAGCGCCCAGGGACUGCCAGCAGCGCGACUACAAGCGUUGAUAACCACAUGUCGCCCAUCUCGAACCCGAAGUCCGCAGAUAUGGGCUUAAAGGAUGGAGACACGAUUCCUGGCGAUUCCGGCCACAAAACGAUGAACGAUUUACCUAAGGCGGAUGCUGUAUUCGAGCAAUCAGCACCCGGGUCGCACUCCUCACUGAUCCCGCCACCUCUUCAAGGUUCCGAAUAUUCGAUUCUUCGAAAGCGAACACCAAAGCUCAGUCUGAAGACCGAACCAAAGACACCCGGCAAGAGCACGUUUAGCAGCCGAUUCCGCGCUAUAUCAAAGUCCAAAGUAUCUCCGCUUACACUAUCCCCGGAUUCACUACAUUAUACACGCCACCCGCCCACCGUCAGCAGUCCUCUUGUGGACCCCCGAAACAAGCUAAACACCGACAUCCUGCAAGAAUCAGACACGCAACCCCCUAGAACGGGUGGCCUCCCAAUCGAACCUCUUCGUAACUUGCAGUCGAAGGUCUCCCCUAGCAUCAAAUCAGACACCAACACCUCUGCCGCCACAAGUUCGAAGAAAACAGCCGUGGCUGAUAGCCUUGACUUUUUAAAUCGCCCUUACGAACCACCAUCUCAUCCAAAGUUAAAGUCAAAGGCGAGUCUUAGCUCCAUGUUCCUACGGCGAAAAUCAUCCUUCGGGCCAGCAAAAUUAGAUACCUCAAAUACUUCCUUGCGAAACCCUCAUGAAGAGAUGAAGAUUGAGCCGCCAAGCAAGCUUUCAAAGCAAAAGAGCUUGAAUUCCAUCGAAAAGGCAAGACCGAAGACACCCACGGUUCGAUCUAGCACGUGGACAGAAUCCCCCCAGCCCGCCCAGCCCCCCAAGCUCCCACCGUCCCCUCGCAAACGCCUUAGGGGCAGGAAGAGUUUCUCGACUUUCGGAAACAGAUCGAACUUGUCGACUUACGGAAACAGAACGGUACCACCCGGAUAUGUAUCACAUGUUCGGAAGGACACCAUCUCAAACCCUAUCUUUGUAUAUGACGAGUCGAACCCUUACGAGCGGUAUAGGUUGGUGCCUGAUCCUCGGUUGCCCCCAGCCGAUCCGAUCGCUCCUGCUGUUCCCUCUUCCCCUACUAGAGCCGGUAUCACGGAGGAGCUUCGACAAUUCAAUUUAAGCAUGUCAGAUACACAGGAGACCAGCACCGAGGACACGACAAUUGGUGAUGGCGAAUCACUUAACAAGAAGAUUAAUGUCAAAUCGCAACAAAUUCAGUCCCCGGAUUUCUUUCGCCCUACCAACUUCUCCAAAGCCCAUCCAGAUGGAUACAGGCCUGCUAAUAUACACAUCUCGAGCCCAGAACUCAUGGGUGAAGAUGAAGCAGACUUCCACGCCAAUGAGUGGUCGCGAAAGUGGUUGAUUGCGGAUAGCAUCGCCAUCAAAACAGGUACACUCAGACCAUCGGGAUCACCUCUUAGACCAGCAUUUGAGCAGCCUAGAGCAACUCCUCAGCCACCUGGGAGACCGCGGCAGCUAUCGGCAGUGAGCGAGGAAGCUAACGUCCCAGCGCCACUUCGGAUAAAGAGCCUUAGGAAGAUGAAGAAGGAGAAGCAGAAGCAUGUGGAAAUUGACGUAUCGAGAUUUUCAAAGUAUUGA